AUGUCGCACAACUUCGACGUAGCCCCAGUCAUCCACUACUUAGACGACUACCUUGGUGGAGCGACGGACUCUAUCGGCGCACAGCACCAGCUUGACCGUGCCCUGGUAGCCUGCCACGACUUAGGCUUCCCGGUCAAUCCAAAAAAGGUGGAAGGCCCUAGUACAACCCUGACAUUCCUCGGUGUCAUGCUGGACACAGAGCGCUUCGAAAUCCGCCUCCCAUCCGACAAGUUAGAAGACCUUCUCAUUGCCCUCAAGGCUUGGCAACAUACCCGCCCUACCGCCCGCAAGUCUGAAUUGUUGUCCCUGAUAGGUCACCUCAGCUUUGCCUGCAAGGCGGUCCCUGCGGGCCGCAUGUUUCUGCGCCGCCUCAUUGAUCUCAGCACGACGGUCCCGCAUCCAAACGAUUACAUCAGAAUCACAGAAGACGCCAAAGCAGACAUCCAGUGGUGGCUUGACUUCCUCCCUGCCUGGAAUGGCGUCGCCUUCUUCCUAGAACCCACGUGGUCAGCCGCCGCCGAUAUGGACCUCUACACGGACGCAUCUAGAGCCAUCGGCUAUGGUGCUUUCUUCGCCGGCCGGUGGCUCCAACACCGGUGGCAGAGGCACCAAUCCCAGAGAUCCAUCGCGUGGAUGGAGCUCUUUGCCAUCGUGGCCGCAGCAUCCACAUGGGCACCGCAGCUGCAUCUGAAGCGCAUCCGCUUCCACUGCGACAACCGUAGCGUAUGCGACAUCUGGUUCCGCUCACGCACAAAGUGCCCCGACUUAAUGGCGCUGGUACGCACUUUGUUUGCCAUUGCUGCCCGACACAACUUUCACGUCAUAGUCUCCCACAUCCCCGGCACUGACAAUGCGAUUGCUGACUCCCUGUCUCGGUUUCAGAUGGCCCGAUUUCGCCGACUGGCACCCACAGCAGAAGACACACCAUCUCCGGUGCCCGAGAGCACCUACUCCCUCUGA